UUUUUUUUUUGCCUUUUUAUUUAAUCUUUAUGAACAUGCAAUAUACUUCAUCUUUUCAAUUACAUUUCUCUUCUCCUUCAUAUCCAUUAAUGCAGUUUGAUUAUAAUUCUGUAGUGUCUCCUCCAUUAACACCUACUGUUUCACCUUCAAAUUCAAUAGUGAUAGAUACAAGUAGUAGUUUUAAUAGCUUGAGUGAUAGAAGAAAUGAUACAUUGUAUAACAAUAGAUUUAGCACAUCAAAUAAUUCAUCAAAAAAUAUCUUAUCAAAAGCUCCUUAUCCUCAACAUAAACAUGUAUGUCGUUUUCAAUUUUGCGGCUGGAGUUUUAAGCGUUAUGAGCAUUUAAAAAGACACAUGCUUGUUCACACAGGAGAAAGACCCCAUUUAUGCCAUUUUCCAGGCUGUGGUAAAAGUUUUAGUCGAUCAGAUAAUUUUCAUGCUCAUUAUCGUACACAUACAAAGAAAAAAUUAUCAAAAAAGCGUAAUACAAAAGCUACUAGUGUAACUGCAAUUGAACGUCAGCUUAGUAGUAAAUUUAAUACAACCACUACUUCUGCUGCUAGUAGCAUUGCUACUAAUGCAGUCGCUGCAGUGGCUGCAUCUCAACAUCUUGGAUCUUCUGGUUCUGUUUAUUACAAUACAAACUUAUCGAACUAUCGAUCAGAGGUACAACAAUAUAUAUACAUACUCUAAUUUAUUCUAUAUUAAUUCUCUCUUUUAUUGCUAGAUCAGUGAUUAUUUAAAGGCAUAUACAUUUCAUCCAACUACACCAUCUAUUAUGAAUUUUGAUAUACAACAAACAUCAUCAAUAAGUCCAACUUCAUCUCCAACCCCAUCUUUAUCAUUAUUAAAUCAUGAACAAUCAAUUAAUACAUUCAUUUCUUUAUCGAAUAAUAAUAUGUAUACUGCUUCUCCCCCUAAAAUACAAUCAUUAGAAUCUUCUAAAAAGACAAACACUACUAAUAAGAAACGACAAUUAUCAAAUAAUAGUAAUAAAAUUCAUAUAUGUCCUUUAUCGGAAUGUCAACGUCAAUUUAAACGCUUUGAACAUCUUAAAAGACAUAUGAAGGUUCAUACUUUGGAAAGACCAUUUAGUUGUUCUUAUCCUGGUUGUCAAAAAAAUUUUUCUCGAUCUGAUAAUUUAUCACAGCAUAUAAAAACUCACGAAAAAAAAAAGAAAAAGAUGUAA